AUGCCCGUCGAAGGGAAAGGAGCUUCCAGUCUCCAGCUGACAGCAUGGGUCGCGCGUGGGAAGAAGCGCCCUGAGCCGCCAGCGACCCCUUUGGAAGGAAAGGAGCAAGCUAUGGGGCCCGUGUGGCCCCCUAAUGGGACCUGGCCCACUUGGGGCAACUGCUCCUGGCCCUUGGAGGCUCUAGGUUGGCAAGCAGCCUUGGGUGCCACCUUCAGCGUGGCAGUGCUGGUGACAGUGGGAGGCAACCUCUUGGUCAUCGUUGCCAUCGCCAAGACGCCCCGCUUGCAGACCUUGACCAACGUCUUCAUCACGUCGCUGGCCUGCGCCGACCUCAUCAUGGGCCUGCUGGUGGUUCCUCCAGGGGCCACUUUGGUCCUGAGUGGGCGCUGGCCCUACGGCACCACCGCCUGCGAGCUCUGGACGUCGCUGGACGUGCUGUGCGUCACGGCCAGCAUCGAGACCCUUUGCGCCAUCGCCGUGGACCGCUACUUAGCCAUCACGGCCCCCUUGCAGUACGAGAUGCUCAUCACUAAGAGCCGGGCACGUGGCGUGGUCUGCCUGGUGUGGGCCGUGGCCGCCUUCAUCUCCUUCCUGCCCAUCAUGAACCACUGGUGGCGCGACAGCGCCGACGAGGAAGCCCUGCGCUGCUACCGGGAUCCUCAAUGCUGCGAUUUCGUCACCAACAUGCCCUACGCCAUUCUGUCCUCCAUCAUCUCCUUCUACGUGCCCCUCCUGGUCAUGGUCUUCGUCUAUGCCCGGGUCUUCGCCGUGGCCACCCGCCAGCUCCACCUCAUUGAGAAGGACAAGGGCCGCUUCCUCCCAGAGGGUCGCCGCCGCCGUCCCUCUCGCCUCUUGUCGGCCAUCAAGGAGCACAAGGCCCUCAAGACCCUGGGCAUCAUUAUGGGCAUCUUCACUCUUUGUUGGCUGCCCUUCUUCGUGGCCAACAUCAUCAAUGUCUUUGCCAGAUCCUUAGUCCCUGACCAGCUCUUCCGCUUUUUCAACUGGCUGGGGUAUGUCAACUCGGCGUUCAACCCCAUCAUCUAUUGCCGCAGCCCUGAUUUCCGGUGUGCCUUCAAGAAACUGUUGUGUUGCCCUCGGAGUGUGGAUUGCCGCCUCCACGCCAUCGCCAAGGACCUCCACAGACGGCCUUCUGGCUUUGGACCACAGGCCUUGCUGGAGAAGAAGAUGGGUGCCCCUGUUGCCAUGAGAGAGGAGGAAGAGGACGAGGAGGAGGACGACAACGGCACCAGCAGCACCAGCAGCAGCUCCAGCAACAGGACAGGCGAAACAAAACUCUUGUAUGUGACCAGCAAUGGACAUGGUGGUGCCCAGCGCCCGCUGGGGGAAGCCCAACUCCAAGGCACACAGAUCACUUUAUGCCCACAGCUGGAAGAGUUUCCAACAAGUGACACGAGAGAGGGACAUGGAAUGUGAGUGAAGGAGGAGGAAGCAGAGAGCAAACUG